UGAGACAGUACUUGCCGGGCAGUUGUCGUAAUCGGUGAUCAUUUUAUGAUCAAAUAGUAUCACACAUUUUUAUGCACACAAGAAAGCAAAUUAAAACCGCUAAGACAGUUUUAAAAUCUUUGAAGAGCUUUUUGAUCAUCUCUCAUAUAAAUUAAUAUUAUUUUUUGUUUUUGCUUUAAUUAAUUAAAGAGAGAAAUAUUAUUGAAGUGAUAAUUAUUUUAUGACUAGAAUGACUAGAAAUAUUGUUACAAUGAUGCUAAGUGCAGUGUUUGUGAUAAGUUUUUUAUUUGGAACUGGAGUUGAGGGUUUGUUUGAGUUUAAAACAGAGCCUGUGCAUCCAUCACGAGCAGAACUUCGAACCUUGAGAGCGAUUUCAAAAGCUAAUUAUGAUUUGGCUGUGGAGAUGGGUGUUAACUCAAUUGACAACCUUCAAAACUUGGAAAACAAUUUAUCAAGUCGAGGCAUCAAUGUCCAAAAUGGAAGUAUUUCACACAAGCAACUAAUUGAAACACAUCCCGAUGAAAAAGCCCAACAAACAAAUAGUCUGGCGAGAAAAAUUCUCAAAUCCAGUCUUUACAUUUACAAUACCGAAUGCAUUCAAAAGGGUGUUAGUCGGGAAUCAUGUGCUCAGUUUCUUUCAACGAAAUCAAUUCCAGAAGGAACUAAAGGCCUAAUGGAUGAGUGCCUUGAUUUUUUCUCAACUCACAAAGAUGGUAAUAAUGUAUUCCGAAGAUUGUUACCAAGUAAUUAUAAAGAUGGAUUCUAUCAGAUGGAAGAUAAACUACCAUCCCCAAGGGAAAUCAGUAACUCAGCCUUACAUGGAACUGUUGCCAGUAGCAAUGAUGGAAAUAACCACGAAGAUAGCCACAGCAAGAAUUUAGCUCUAGUCCAAUGGACUCAAUUUAUUGAGCAUGAUCUCAGUAAACCAGUGGCAUCUUCAUCACAAGAUGGACAGCAAAUUGAAUGCUGCGAUGCAGAUAAUUAUGCUCACAUACCCAGGAACUUGCAUCCGGAUUGUGCACCUCUGAUUGGAGUUAAUCUAUUCAGCAAAUAUGGCAAAGAGACUUGUUUAAAUUAUGUUCGUAGUGCGUUGUCAAUUGAAAAAUGCACUUUUGGACCGGCACAGCAGUUGAAUCAAGCAACUGGAUAUUUGGAUCUGUCCCAAUUGUAUGGCUUCACAAGGAGAUCCCAAAGUAGCAUGAGAACUUUCAGCAAUGGCAAACUCAAGUCAUCCAACGGAGGCCUUCUGCCACUCGCCGAGGGCGACAAACGCAACCUAUAUUGUGCACUAAAAUCUGACGCGAAUGAGACUUGUUUUAUGGCAGGUGACACUCGUGUAAACAGCAAUCCUUACUCGAUUAUCUUGUAUACCAUAUUUUUGCGCUCUCAUAAUCAAUUCGCCGAGGAAAUAAAGACACGCAAUCCGGACUGGACAGAUGAAACUAUGUUCAGAGCUGCCAAGAAGCUCAAUGUGCAACUUUAUAGGGAAAUCGUGUUUGAAGAGUGGCUGCCAGUUGUAUUGGGUCAGAAGAUUAGUGCAAGUAUAAAUGCCGAACCGAUUUUGAGGAGAGCAAAUAAUUUGAGGGACUUGGAAGUGUCUAAUGAGUUUGCAGUGGCUGCUAUAAGGUUUUACUUUUCAAUGAUGCCAAAUGUUUUGCAGAGAAUGCCAUCGCCAAUGAAUAAUGAGAUUAAUUCGGAGGAUGCUAUGAGUAAAUUAUCAGCUUCGGCGUUGUUUGAAUUGAUGGAAGCGUCAUUUAGAUCAGAAGCUCUCGAUCAGCCAAGUAAAUUGAAUGAGUUUUUAGCUUCGUUGCUGAAUCAAAGGGCAUUGAGAAUGGAUGCAACUUAUGCUGGUGAUUUAAUUGAAGAAUUCACUAAAGCUCGCGUACCUAGCCGACCAAAUGUCUUAGCAUUCGAUAUACAACGUGGUAGAGAUCAUGGUUUGCAGGGAUAUGUGAAAUAUCUGGAACAAUGCGAAGGUCGUCCAAUUACCACCUGGGAUGAUUUAAAUCAUUACAUAGCACCAGCAGAAAUAACGAAAUUAAAAUCCGUCUAUGAACAUGUGUCGAAUGUCGACUUGAUUGUCGGUGGAAUUUCUGAAAUACCUGCUAAUGGCUCAACUGUUGGACCGACAUUCACCUGUAUUUUGGGUGAACAAUUUUCAAAAAUCCGUCAAUGGCAUCAUAAUCUUGUUGCUGAUCCUGUUUCAUUUGAAAGUAAAUUGAAAAAAGUCACAGCUGCUAAAUUGAUGUGUGCCAAUUCAGGAUUGAAAGAAGUCCCAAAAAAUAUAUUCUAUAUUGCUUCAAAUACAAACCCCCUUGUGCCAUGUGAUGAAUUGUUAAAGUCAUCUAAUUAAUCAUAAUCUCAAGUAAUUGUUUGUUGAUAAACUUUAUGUCCAUGAACAAUCUCAAAUGGUUUGAAAUAAGUUUAAUUUUUUAUUUUUCAAAUCGUGACUAUAACAGAUAAUAAUAAUAAAGACAAAUUAAUUAAAA